AGAGAGGAACUGAAACUAAGGAAGUAAUACAACUGCUCUGAGCGAGGCACUGAGAGCAAGGGAGUGCCUCAAGCAGAACAGGGUCUGGGGUUGGGGUGGGGUCUGUUGAUUCAGCAGCAGCCCACCUAAGCCCCUGGUCCCCAGCAAUAAGGAAUGGCCCAGCAGGAGCUCUAUGGGAACUGGCUGUGUCCUCCACCGUCACCAGGGAAGAGACUGGUGAGACAAACAGGGAUUUACUUAUUAUCAGGGGGACCAGCACAUGCAAGUCACGUCAGAUCUGGCUCACCUGAUAGCUUUUCCAAUGAGGACGAUUAUGACGAUGUGUCCCUGUCCGAGAUGGGACAUCAGAUGCAACAGAGACUACCAGCUUAUAAAGACAAUACAGAUAUAGCAAGCCAGAGAAGCAAGGAAGGCACAGGCGUUUACGUGCUAGCCGGGAAACCAGCAUGUUCAAGUCUCCCAAGGACAGCUGACCCCAUUCCUGGCUCCAAUCAAGGAAUAGGCUACAGACCGAAGUCCAUUGUGACACUGUAUGUCCUGAUGGGGAUUUGUUUUGCAAUGUGGGCAGUUCUCCUCUCAAUAGCAGUGGUGAAAUACUUGGAGGUGUCAGAGGAGUUAAAAGUUUUAAACUAUAACCACUCGGAGAGGCUAAUGAACGUGGUGCAGGACCUGGCUGAUGGACGAAUAGAGCGAAAGAGAAUCCAGAGCGACAUGAACAAAAGCUAUAAGGAAUUGUGGGAUUUGGCAGCAUCCAUCUGCAGUGUUCUCCCAGAGUCUAUAAAAUGUGCAGCCGGCUGGAAGAAGUUUGGGAAAGCAUGCUAUUACUUUUCAAAUACGACGACAGACUGGAUGGGUGCGAAGCAGUUCUGUACUGAUCAAAACUCUUUCCUGGUUAUCAUUAACAAUGACAAUGAGCAGGCUUUUUUGAAAAACUAUAAUAAACAGAAAAGGACAUACUGGCUGGGACUGAGUGAUGCAGUGGAGGAAGGGACGUGGCAGUGGGUAGACAAUAGCCCAUAUUCUGUCAGCUUUUGGAACGUCGGGGAACCAGACGUCAAGGGUGAGGAAGAAGACUGUGUCAGCAUGAAGUCUACUGGGACAUGGAGCGAUUCCGAGUGCUCCCGGCCCAAUUACUGGAUUUGUGAAAAGACGUGGAUCUGCUGACCCACUUUUCAAACAUGCUCUUGUUAUGGGAUUGAGCACGAGUCCCACUGCUCCUCCUGCACCUGCUCAGUGGCUGACAAGAACUCAGUCCGGCUCCCCAGUAGCUGAACUGAAGAUGACGUUUCUCCAGAUUGUUAAUAGUGCUCUCCUGCAUGCUAGUUAGGGCUGUAGGUUCAGGGGUCCAACUGGUCCCAAAAAAGUGGCAGUAUUAUACCUCAGCCCUGCUCACUUCCUCAAGUUUUACACAUAAAACGCAAAGCAGUUGCACACUUCAGCUAAAAUGAUCAGCAGUUGAAAUGUAACUGUGUUGACAUGUAAAUGGCCACCAUUGAGCUUCAGAAUCAACACCCACUUAAAACAAAUGAGGAAAGUUCAUGCCUCUCAGAGCUAUGAGGCCCAAUUCUUUACUUGCGUCUGUUUUAAACCGAGGUAACAACUGAUUUCAAUGUAGUUACUUCUGCAUCAGUAGUGUCUACUUAACUCUCAGAAAUUAUACCUUCUAUAGACUAAUUCUUAUACUUCAGAUCCAUUCCUCAAAAAUAUGACUGUUGACAAGACCCAUUAAGGGGAUGCAGCCACUUCACUCACACUCUAUAUUUAGGCUUGGCAGAAUUAGACUGUUUUUAUAUAUACAGUUUUGACAGAUAAAUAGUAUCAAUAUUUAUUUAUUUUUUAAAAAAAUAAUCAAUGUAAAUUUUCACAGUUGUAGAAAAUUAUGGGCAGGUCAGACAAUAUUUAUGACAGUAGAUGUAGACAUUCAAAAACUUAAACCAUUAUCACCGUUAAAACCACAAAUUGUCAAUGUCAUAUGUCAGAAUGGUUGGUUUCAGAAUAGCAGCCGUGUUAGUCUGUAUUCGCAAAAAGAACAGGAGGACUUGUGGCACCUUAGAGACUAACCAAUUUAUCUGAGCAUAAGCUUUCGUGAGCUACAGCUCACUUCAUCGGAUGCAUACAGUGGAAAGUACAGUGAGGAGAUUUUAUAUACGCACAGACCAUGAAAAAAUAUACACUGUUAGGAGAGUGAUCACUUAAGAUGAACUAUUACCAGCAGGAGAGUGGGGUGGGGGGAGAGAAAACCUUUUGAAGUAAUAAUCAAGGUGGGCCAUUUCCAGCACAUAUCCAGGAGUUAACAAGAACGUCUGAGGAACAGUGGAAGAAGGAAUAAACAAGGGGAAAUAGUUUCACUUAGUAUAAUGACUCAACCACUCCCAAUCUCUAUUCAAGCCUAUGUCAGAAUAUACAAAGUAGAUAUCCUUAAAUCAAACUCUAAUAUAUGCUCAAGCAGUAUUUUCCUUACUUUAUCUAUCCGUAAAUUCUGAUUAUUAGCAAUGAACAUUUUUGUCGGUUUGUUUGCGUACUGUGAAAUCGACAUUUACCAACAUUGGGUGAUAAACAUCUAAUCCUUCCAAUCUUACAUAUAUUCCUCCUUCACUUUCUAUCACUCCAUGCAAAUUGCAUCUCUCCCUGCCUUAAGCCAUGUCCUUUCAUUCAUUUGUGGAAUAAUAAUUAUGUGAUUCUGUAGCUACGGUCAAGUUGAGUAUUGCCCUUUAAAACAGGGAUUCUGCUUUAUUGCUACAUAGAAAGAAUAUAGCAUAUUUUCCUCAAACGUGCAGCAAUUAUAACUUAGCACAGAAUGAAUUUUCUGAGGGUUUACAAAUAAGUCUGUUGACUAGUUUGGAUUAUAAUCAAUUAAACUUGUGUCCUUUUAAGAA